AUGGAUAUUGCAGGACGAGCAGCAUCCAACUCCCCGAUCCCUCUCUCCUGCCACUACCGCGUCGCCAAUCUGUUCCUCAAACAGGUCCUUCCGUUUCACCGCGUCGCCAAUCUCUCUCUCUCUCGCUCAUCUCGUAUCUAAUUCUUUGUAUCUCUAUUUUUUAUGGUUUUACGGCAUUUUUCCGCUUAAAAUUCAGAUGUCGUUGCUUGUCGCCGUAGUUACGGACUGCCGACUUAUUAUUUUGUGAUCAAUCUCCAGGUGAAGGUGUAUCAGGAGGAAGGGAACGCAGAAGAUCUUUCCCAAGUCGUCACCAGAUACAUGAGGCAACUCUACUCUUCUCCCCACCUAUCCGUGGCUGAGAACCUGAUAUUUUCUUCUUGAACAUGAAAUUCAUAGCACCUGAAAAGCGAAGAUGCUCCAUCUUCCGAUUCCCUCGAACACUCUGCGCGGGUGGCAUAGAAUUCCGCCUUAAGUUGGAUGAAAGGAAAAAAAAAAAGAAACAGGACUAGCCGAUGUGAGCAACGCGGAUUUUCUUCCACAUCCGAUGGGCUUAGCCGUUCAUUGCUCCAACCAUGUUUUGGAUCAUAAACGCGUUGUGGACCGGUUCAUAUUGUUGAAACCAGUUGAAUUUUCCGUUGUAUUCCCGUUUUCAUGGAGAUGAUCUAGAAGAUGGUAUCUUUUUUUAGGUAAAUAAGUGGAAAAACAGGUCGACAUAUGAUCGAAAAUAUGGACUGAUCCGGUGUUUUGGAGGGGAACUAGAUGUUUUUGAUUCUGUUGCAGUGGUAAGAGUAUUAAAGUCAAAGGCUUCAAGAAGAUUGGGGGACCCUAAAAGAGCUUGGAAAAGAUGGGAAGAAACAAGAUUGUUGGGUUGAACUUAUUCAGCACCAUCGAUUCAAAUACCUAUUUGCUUUAGCAUUCGAUCUAUAGCCUGCUUUCUUCUCUUUUUUUAUGCCUGGGAUUUAACCCUUUUUUUUUUUUUGUUCAUAUAGGUUAACGCUACAGAUAGACACAUAUUUAGGAAAUUAGGGAACAUUUGGGAGUGGUUAUCAAAUCGGGCGAAUUCAUUUUUUCUACCUCUAUUGUUGUCUAUAAAUACUCAUGUUUUUAUUAUGGAUGCGAUUGACUCCACUAGCACCACCUUCUUGCUGCUCAUGUAUUGCCAAGCAUUGCUCAUGGGGAAAUUUUUUAUUGGCUUAUUUAAACAUAUUAUAGAUUGGUGUCGGAGUUCAUCCCUCAGCAUCAAGAUUAUAUAGCAUAUUCUCUCAAAGAGAAGGUUCAUCACAAGAAGGUGUGAUGGCAUUUUCUUUUCUAUGUUUAUAAAUAACAGUAUUUAUCAGAUUUUUCAUGCAAAUCGGUUCAGUAACACACACACACACAUGGUUGGAUUAGAUCGUGGAAGGGUUCUUGGAGGAACGCAGGAUGAAAAAGUCGUCGGUUGCAAAGGGAGAGUCUGAUAAUAUUAGACAGGUAAGAAAUUAUGAUCAUAUGAUGAAUAUAAUGAUCUUAAUUUCUGUAUUUAAUUCAUAUUUUUCUUAGUAUGAAAAGUUCUUUGGACCUUUCGUCUGCUUGUUGAUGGUUAUUAUCAGCUGGAUUUUGGAAUAAAAAAUCUAGAAAUCUCCCUGAUCUUAUCAUUUUUCGGAAAUCGCCAUUUUAGUAAUUGGGCGAAUACUUUCGGCCUGUUUUAUGUGGAAAUACUUUAGUUUCAGCUGAUGACAUCUGAACAUUAUACAGGUCAACGCUGAUGGCGUGAUUGGAACAAAUCGCAGGUAUUUCAUUCGUCAUGGUAGUGACUUUUGACAACGGUUGACCAUUGGGUUUUAUGUUUCAGCUUUAAGAAAAGACAUAAGAGUGACUUUUCUAUUUUUGGUGCUGCUUGAAAGCCAAGGGAGAGAAGAGGAAGCUGGUGGCGUAGCUUUGGGGACAUCAGAGUUUCCCAUAACAGAAGGAAGACGUCAGAACAUCAAUCUCCUCGCCGUCAAGCACUUCCCUCCUUCCCCCAUCACUUCAUGGGUGGAGACUGCUCCUCUUGUGGCAACUGUUUCUCACGUCACGGUUCCAGAUUCCAGAAAUAGGAAACUAAAAUCACUAUGCGAAGAGCGUUUGACUUCAGGCACCAUCCACGACAUCCACUUGGUGGGUACCCAAAAACACUUCCUCAUAAAUUAACUUUCUGCGACACUUUCUCUACACUUAGAGCUGCUGGGUCAACGGUGUCUAGGUGAAUUCUGUAAAAAUAGCCGACCAAAAACAAAGGGCUAUCGGAAUAAUUGAAGAAAAACAGCAGAUAAAGUCAUGUUUAUGAGGCCAUGUUUCUUGCCGAACGAGUUUUUUCACGGUCAUUUUAUUUUUCUAUUUCCAGUCAGCAGGAUUGAUGGAGGAAUUCACAACACUCGCUAGAGAUAACACUGGAAGAGACUUGGAAACUUGCGGAGUUCUUGGUGCUUCCCUUGUAAGCAAGCUUAUGCCUGAGAUGACAGUGAGCUUUCCCAGUCCAUGUCUUCUCCGUUUCAGCUUCACUAAAUCUUCAAAUGCCCGACUGCAGAAAAACAGCAACUUCUAUGUGACGACCUUAAUCGUGCCCAAGCAGGAUUCCACAUCGAAUUCAGUAAGUUAACUGCCGUGUGAAUUCCCAUGCAUAUGAUUCUAUCAUGAUCAAGAUGAACCUUGACUUUUUAUCUGGAUUUCCAGUGCCAAGCGCUGCAUGAGGAGGAGAUCUAUGCUCUUCAGGAUGAGUUGAACCUUUUUCCUUUGGGAUGGAUCCAUGUUCGUACAAAUAUUUCACCAUAAUCUUCGCGUUUCUCUCCCCCAUUUAUCUUAUUGUGUUGAGAUGUCGUACCUUCUUCGUAUUCGUCUGGUUUUCGUAUAAUGCAUUUUCAUUAAAAAAAAAAAAAUCUGAUAAUAUUUUGAUCCACUCUCCGCAGACUCAUCCUUCUCAAAGUUGUUUCAUGUCAUCCAUUGAUCUUCACACUCAAUACUCAUACCAGGUACGUUAUGAUGAUGGGAUUUCUGCUUCAAAACUCUCGCUCAUCAUGUUUUCAUCAAGAUUCGAUAUAAUUUCAUAAUUUAUCAACAACUACUACCUUGAUUUCAGCACGUAGUUCAUCAAAUGCUUAUCAUGCAUAAUCUCAACGGAAAUUAGGAAAUAAGUGAAUUUCAUUUCAGUUACCCUCGCUGCUUGCCUGGCAGUCGCCUAUUCCGAGAUUUUCUUCCUCCGAGUGACGGACUUCCUUUACAGGUGAUGCUCCCCGAGGCUUUCGCGAUUGUUGUGGCUCCCACAGACACUUCGAGGCAAGUAUUGGCUCCGCAAUGCUCUCAUCAUCUGUCUCCUGCUUCGUCGACCUUCCUCUUUAUUCAGUUUCCUCCUUCCUCACCUCGGUGAUGGAGAUCUUGAGAUCGCCCCUCAGAUGGCCUUAAUCGGUAAGCCUCUCCCCCAGGAACUUCGGAAUCUUCCGGCUGACGGAUCCGGCGGGGAUCAGCGUUCUGAAGGAAUGCGAAGAGCGCGGAUUCCACUACCACCGUGAACCUGCCGAUGGAACCCCACUCUACGAGGACUGCUCCAAUAUCUACAUCAAUCCCAACCUCAGAUUCGAGGUCAUCGACCUCCGAUGA